AUGGCCUUACCAAUUAGACAUUCAAUGGGGAAGCGUCUCAGCGAGGGUGUGGAAGAGAUCGAUACUCAAAAUGCGUCUGUCGGUGUCGAGGUCUCGACACAUGGAACCCGCGCCGAAGGUUCUGCACGCAGAGCUUCAGAUUCCGAAGAAGGGCUGGGCCACUCUAUCCCUAAAAGCGUUGUCGAAGUUGAACCAGGAAUCGGCAAAACGAAAACUAUUCCUACGCAGUUUAACGGUGUGGUGGACAAGGACAGUACCCACGAAGCUGCAAUUAUAACGAUGUCCGCUCAGGCUAAGACUCGGACUGGAACUGGGCCUGAGACUGAGACCCAGGCUUCUGAACGCAGAGAUCGAGUAUAUGAUGACCUCGGAUAUUUCGUUAGUCCCAGGGAGACUAACAACAAGGAUGAAAACGAUAAGACUGAGCAGUUUCUAAAGAGAGCCUUGUUGGCGUUACUGUGCUUGGUCCACUGA